AUUCAUUAAAACUGAAAAAUGUAUAAUUAAUUAUCCUAACGUCUUUCCAAAGAUUCACAGUAACCCAAACCCGAAAGCCCAGCUUAAUCUCUCUGUCCCUCUCUCUCCUCCCAAAUCUCACCUGACCUACUCUUUUCUUUUCUCUAUCUCUGAAAACCCAGGAAAGCUGUGUGGGUUUUACUGCUGGUGAAGUAAAUUGCAGAAUCCUUCAGAAACCCUUUAUGAGUUCUCCUCUAUUCUGCUCAAAAUCACCUAAAAUCUUGUUUCUUUCCAGGUUUUCAGCCAUGAAAAUGAAGACACAUUACUGCUAAUACAAAAGUUUCUUUCAAGGCAAUGUAGAAGAGAAAGUAGAUUCCUUUGCAGUCUCAGAUGAUGGUGGCUGCAUUUUCUCAUCCACCAACUCCUUCACGGCCCCCUGUUGAAGAACCACAACAAGAAACAAAUACCCAUCAAGAAGAAAGUACAACAAUAACAACAAAAAGGCCUCCUCUCAAGGACAAUGGCUCCAUUAUUACAAGAAAACCCAGAGGUAGACAAGUGUCUUCCAGGUAUUUGUCUCCUUCUCCUUCUUCCACUUCUUCUUCUUCUUCCACUUCUUCUUCAGCAGCAACAACAACAGCAGCCAAAACGACGACAAGAUUUCCUUCACCUCGUAUUUCUCGUUCCAUUACUACUACGGCAACGGGGAACAAAACGACUGCGAGAUUUCCUUCUCCGCUUAUUUCUCGUUCAACAAAUGCUAGUUCUACUUCAACACCGACUUCGACGAUGAUGUCUUCGCUUCCUAAGCGGUCUCAAUCUGUCGACAGGAGGCGGCCCGGGGGUCAAGUGUCACAAGGAAACAAUGUUAAUGUCACGGAAUUGUCAGCUGCUACCAAGAUGUUGAUUACUUCAACGAGAAGUUUGUCCGUUUCGUUUCAAGGUGAGGCAUUUUCUCUACCGAUUAGUAAGACAAAGGCUCAAGUGGGUUCUACUUUGACUAGGAAAGCAACUCCUGAAAGGCGUAGAGCUACUCCUGCAAGAGAUCAUGAGGAGAAUUUGAAGCCGGUGGAUCAGUAUCGCUGGCCUGGGCUAACCCGGCAAGGGAAUUCUGGUUCGAAUCCGUUAUCUAGGAGUUUGGAUUGUAGCGUUGAAAGGAAGAUGUUUGGAUCUGGUGCAAUGCUGGCUAAGUCAUUGCAACAAUCAAUGAUGCUUGAUGAGAGUAAUAGCAGGGUUUCGUUGGAUGGUAGUAAUACGUUGAGUUUGGAUUUGGGAAGUGCUGCUGAGUUGUUAAAAGAAGCUAAUAAACAAAACCCAGAUGUCAAUUUUGUAAAUGAGGCUUCUUGUGUCUCUUGUGAUCUCACUGCAUCCGAUACAGAUAGUUUGUCUUCCGGGAGCACCAAUUCUGGAAUGCAAGAAUGUGGAGGAAGUGGCAUUUCGAAAGGGAGGAGUGGCCCCCGUAAUAUUUUUGUGUCUGCAAGGUUUUGGCAGGAAACUAACAGCCGGUUAAGGCGGUUACAGGACCCGGGUUCACCUUUGUCUGCAAGCCCUGGGUCUAGAAUUGGUGCUCCAGCUAAGUUCAGUCAAUCAAAAAGGUUUUCUAGUGAUGGUGCAGUGUCUUCUCCGCGGACAAUGGCUUCUCCUAUUAGGGGAGGUACAAGACCUGCUUCUCCUAGUAAGCUUUGGACAUCUUCAGCUUCAUCUCCAUUGAGGGGGUUAAGCCCUGCUCGGGUGAGAAACGCAGUUGGUGGUCAGAUGAUUGGUAAUUCUGUUAAUACCCCUUCAAUUCUUAGCUUUUCUGUUGAUAUUCGGAGAGGAAAGAAGGGGGAGGAUCGGAUUGUUGAUGCUCACAUGUUGAGGCUUCUUUAUAACCGUUACUUGCAAUGGAGAUUUGCGAAUGCAAGGGCAGACGCUACUUUCAUGGUGCAGAAAACGAGUGCAGAGAAAAUUCUGUGGAAUGCAUGGGUAACAACAUCAGAACUGAGGCAUUCUGUCACCCUUAAGAGAAUCAAGUUGUUAUUGCUGAGGCAAAAAUUGAAAUUGACUUCCAUCCUGAAGGGACAAAUAGCUCACUUAGAAGCAUGGGUGCUCCUCGAAAGAGACCACUCUAGUUCUUUGCUAGGAGCAACUGAAGCUUUAAAGGCCAGUACACUUCGUCUUCCAAUUGUUGGAAAAGCAAUAGCAGAUACCCAAAAUCUAAAGGAUGCUGUCAGUUCAGCUGUUGAUGUGAUGCAGGCAAUGGCAUCCUCAAUAUGCACGCUAUCAUCAAAGGUAGAAGAAAUUAAUUCUUUAGUAGCCGAACUUGUGAGUGUGACUGCAAAGGAAAGGGUUUUGCUUGAACAAUGUAAACAUUUUUUGUCCACGUUAGCAGCCAUUCAGGUUAAAGACUGUAGCAUGAGGACACAUAUAAUACAACUAAAUCGUGUAUCCACUACCAGCAGCCUGACAACACAUGUUUAGUACUGAUGUUAUGUGACUACUCACCCUAAAUGCUAACAUUACUCCCAAGCUCACGUUUUUCCAAUGGAUGGAGGCGGCACUGGACAAAAUACGAGCAGAUUGAAGAUAGCUAGGUUUUGCUUCUCGUUUUAGCAGUUUGGAACCAGUUGUUGUCUUCUAUGAUCACGAAUGUAAUUUUUGCAUCUGAAGAUUAGAGUAAGUGGCUUUUCUUCUUAACUGAUAUCUGUAUACGAGAACUCUUUUAGGUAGAAGAAAGCAAUUUAUAUGUAAAUAUGUAAGUUCAUCUGAUAACAGAUUAUCAUGAAUUUCUUGGUCAACUUUGAUUAAUUAUCCAAGUAUGAUCUUGUUGAUGCUUGCUAAAUCAAAGACUAUUCAAUUUCCAUUUUCUCGAAAUGCAUUGAACUGCAUUCGCAUGAUGUAUUAUGUGUAGGCAAGAAUGCGUGCAAGAACAGGAAUCCUG